AUGGGCUGUGUGGAGGAGGUUAGCGCAGAAGAAUUGGAGUGUAAGAUCUGCUACAGUCAGUAUAACCUGCAGAGUCGGCGGCCCAAGAUGCUCGAAUGCUGUCACAGCCUGUGCUCCAAGUGCCUUUGCAAGAUGCUGGAUGUGGGAGAUGCUUUUCCAAGAGAAGCUGUGUGUCCCUUCUGCCGCUACCCCACCACCCUGAGUGGCAACUGUGUGAGCGAGCUGCCCGACAACUGCCACCUGCUGUCGGCUCUGAGCAUGCACGGGCCAGCCAAGAAGAACCUGCAGGUAAGUCCUAGUACAGAACCAAACCCACAGCUAAGAAGAACCUGCAGGUAUAAACCUCAAGAACCAUGCACAGUGACUACUGAGCUGCUGCUCAACCCCCAAGCCUUGACUUCUCUGGUGGGACACAGCUCUCCUCUGGCCUCCUCCCUGUCCUCCAGCUCGUCCAGCACCACCUUCUCCUCGCUCAGCAGCUCUCCCAGUUUUGUGCUCAUCACCAUCAUGGAGCCUAGGCCCAGGCCGCAGCUCACGUCCAGCCUGGACUCCCUAGUGUCCCUGUCGCGCAGCUGGGGGGCGCUGCUGUGGCAGAGUUGGGCCCGAGUGCUGCUCUGGGCCCUCGGGCUGCUGUACUUCAGUUCUCUGCCUGUAGGAGUCUACCUGCUGCUGCUGCACAGACCCACCAUGGGGGUACUGAUGGUGAGCCUGGUGCCUGCCAGCCUGGCCCUGGUGAUGGGCUACGGUCUGUGCCAGUGUCUGUGGCACGAGCUGCGCCACUGCCUGUCCAACAACAACAACAGUCUGACCGGCUCUCACUAA